GCUGCUUGGUUGAGCGUUCCAAUUUCUCCCAUUCAUUUUAAUAGAAGUGGCCCAUCUCUGCUAAAUAAUCUUUGGAUACGUGUAGCAUAUGCAUUCGGUGACGUGUAAUGAGGUCAGAGUUCACCGGAAGCUGUUGGCUGCUACCGGGAGAUAGAACAGGACUACAACACGAGCGUUAUCUUGUGUUUUUACACUAGACGCGAGGAUUUGUGAAUUAAGAGUCGGAUUUGUGUGCUGUUCGGCUGGUCUGAUGCGAUGAUGUGUGUGUUAACGUGAGGCGAGCGCUUUUAACUGAUUUUACACCCGGAAGUGGAGCAGAGCAGCAGCUGUUAGCCUAGCCGCUAACUCUGUUCGUGUGUGUAAAUGACAGAUAAGUGAGUGAUUUAGUGUGAUAACUGAUUAUAUCGCUUAAAGUCGCAGAAUGAUCGCUGCCAUGAGUGUCAAUGCUGAAGAGAGUCGUGUAUCGGGCUGAUGUGAGAUCAGUGUGAUGUACAGUCUCUGAUCUUCUGCUGUAUUCAGGAGUCUGCAGACAUCAUGAGUGGUAAAUUUGGGUUGGUGAACUACAGCUCAAGGAAGCACAUCUCUAUAACUGUGCCGUCAUCCACAGAGGUGAUGUCACCUCAUAUCAAAUCAGUGGAAGAGUUGAGAGUGCUGGGCAUCAACCUCAGCAGCUUCAACACACCAACACAGUUCUUCAUUUGUGUGGCUGGAGUCUUCCUCUUUUACCUCGUGUAUGGCUACCUGCAGGAGCUGAUAUUCUCAGUGGAGGGGUUUAAACCGUUCGGCUGGUAUCUGACUUUAGUGCAGUUUGGAUUUUACUCUUUGUUUGGUCUGGUGGAGUUACAGCUCACUCAGGAUAAAAGGAGGAGGAUACCCUGCAAAACAUACAUGAUCAUCGCAUUUUUAACAGUUGGGACCAUGGGCCUGUCCAAUACUUCUCUGGGCUACUUGAACUAUCCUACACAAGUCAUCUUUAAGUGCUGCAAACUCAUUCCUGUUAUGAUUGGAGGAGUCUUCAUACAAGGCAAGCGCUAUAACGUGGCGGAUGUGUCUGCUGCUCUUUGCAUGAGUCUGGGGCUGAUCUGGUUCACAUUGGCAGACAGUAAGAUUGCACCAAACUUCAACGUAACAGGGGUCAUCCUCAUAUCCCUGGCCCUCUGUGCGGAUGCUGCUAUUGGGAAUGUGCAGGAGAAAGCCAUGAAAUUCCAUAAUGGAACUAACUCAGAGAUGGUCUUAUACUCUUAUUCCAUUGGCUUUGUGUAUAUUCUGUUGGGUCUGCUGUGUGUUGGGGGGCUUGGACCUGCCGCCUCAUUCUGCUCUCAGCAUCCAGUGAUAACAUACGGUUACGCGUUCUUCUUUUCGCUGACGGGAUAUUUUGGCAUUUCAUUUGUACUGGCGUUAAUAAAGCUGUUUGGUGCACUGGUUGCUGUCACAGUGACUACAGGAAGGAAAGCCAUGACCAUUGUACUGUCCUUUCUGUUCUUCUCAAAGCCUUUCACUUUUCAGUACGUGUGGGGAGGUCUGCUAGUGCUGUUUGGCAUUUUCCUGAACGUCUACAGUAAGAACAGAGACAAAAUGAAGCUCCCUUCAUUUGCGGAGCUCAGAAAACGAGUGCUCAGCGGCAGAAAGGUCCGUCUUCUUUCUCAGAACGUGUAGGAGGAUGAACUGUAAAGUAUUCAUGAUGGCCUUCUCCCCCGUCCUAAAUCUGGUGGUUCUCAGAUGUGGUCUGGAGCCCAAGUGGAUACAAACAGCCACACAUAACUGAGUCUGGACUCAUGGCCAUUGGGGACCAGUUUGAAUCAAAGGGACUAUAAACUAGAGCCAAAAACAUAAUGAUUUGCACUGGACAAUGGUUGAAACUGGUUUCAAGAGAAUAUAUAAUUUUUUUUUUUUUUUUUUUUUUUUUUACUAAUCUUGUCGGAAUGAAUGUUGGCCUAAUGGAGCAAUUGACAUUUUAAAUGAACUUCUCACCUGCAUGUGCCACAAAAUACUGGCAAUGCUUGACGCACAAGUCAGGACUCUGUGUUUUGAGUAAAUUGUGAUUGUAUAGGGAAAACAAAAUGGAUGAUUUUUUGUUUUAAGGGCUGAUGUUCGGAAGUGGAUUGACUUAUCAUCUGCCAUAUUUGUUAAGCAUUUGUUUGGCGAAAGGGUGGCUGUUUUUACAUUAAAAACAAACUGGGAAGUUGA